AUAUGGCAAACAUCUUCCUCUUCUUAUGGCCUUUUUUUAUGCAGCUGAAUCCAACAUAUGCAUGCUCCCCAAGCAAUAAUCCAUAACGCGGCAACCCCCACUGUUGACUUAGUUAUACCUGGGUAUCGGGGGCGCGCGUUUUACCUCUAGCAUGUCGGACGAGCAGUUUCACUGGGCUAGGCUUCAAGGCUAUGCACCGGCCAAGACAGGCUCGUACUAUGAACCACCUUCGACAUUUCAGACACAACGGAGCCAGAAUCACGGCCUCCCGCAAUACCGUUCGCCUUAUCCACAGAAUGAGGCCUAUGUGCGCCCUAGGGACUUAAUCCAACCCCCUUUGCGCCAGUGGCCUACACCUUCCAGCUUCGAAACAGACACCCAACACCAGUGCGAUGAUCCUGUGCCCUCUGCCUCUUCGAACCACCAACAAUUCCUAAAAUGUCCAGCUCCUUCUCAGCUAGCGCUUCCAUUAUAUCGAACAGGGUCAGGAGAAUUGUGUACGGUGGAAAACAUGGAUUUCGACCACGAGGCUAAACGACGACGGAUUGAGUCACUGACUGCAUUAUCAGCUCCUGCGCAAAUCGCUCCAUCAGCCUACUUACAGCCAUCUUCACAAACCCAUGCCCAUGGUGUUUCAUAUCCUGCUGCACAAUCUGUAACAAGGACUACUUCUCAACAAAUGGCGCAUCCCAGUCUGCGAACUGCAUCUCGCCCUUCUGCCCCACAAUUUACGGCAGGCCUUGCUUCGCAAUCCCAUAUACCCCGUGUCUCGGAGUUUGUCUCAAGGCCUACUACACAACUUCCGACCCAAAAUUUACGAUCAGUCGUACCGUCAGCCAUACAACCCCCUCGAUAUUUAGGCGCACCAUCUAGUUCUUCGUUAAAUGCGGAACAUACGCAAGAACCUCCCCCAAAUCCUGGGUUGUUCGAACCACCACCCUCGCAGACGUCGCAAACACCUCAGGCUCCUCCGCGACCGGGGCCAUAUGCAAACCUUGCGCUAUUCUCCUUCCAGCCUAAAGAUCCCCCAGACAGGGCCUAUCUUAAAUCUCGUACAGAUCUGAUCAAGCCUAUCAGAAAGGAAAAACUCGCAGAGAAGCUCACAUACGAUCCCAAAACAAUCGCUAGGGACGUCCUGAUCGCAGCCGGCCGUCACCCCACGGAAAAUCCUUUGAACCAUCACCUUCUCCGACUGAGAGACUCGUUUGUUUUCGUAGACACCAACUCCGACUUGGACACAUUUCGAUGGGAUCUUGUUGACCCGGAACCAUCACGUGAUUCAAUGCUCGACACUACUCCCAGAAUGGAAGUUGGCCCCCCCAUUCCGCAGGCCGCCGUUCAGGGACCACCACCACCACUACCACCACCACCACCAGCCGCCAAUGAUUCUCUUCGUAUCCCUGCACCUCCACUUCCACAAAGUCACUCCUCGGAGUAUUGCACGCCCCGGCAGUUACCCCUAGUACUUAAACAUCAGCAGGAGCAGCCAGAGCCAGAACCCCAGCCCCAACCAGACACCACAAGGACACCAAAACCAAACAUGCCAGGCCGGAGGGGCAGGCCACCCGGAAGCGGGAAGUUCAAGGUUGCGAAGCUUGUCGUUCCUCCCCCUGCUACUAUCUCGUAUCCGGUCUUUGCUUGUCGAUGGGGAACUUGUCAGGCCCAGCUGCACAACCUGGAGAUGCUGAAAAAACACAUUUUCAAGGUUCAUGUGACUUAUCAUAUAACCUGUAGCUGGAGGAGCUGCACGUUCACCGACGCUCUGCCCGCUGCAGCGCUUUUCAAUCAUGUCAAGAAGGAACAUCUUAAUUCCCUUGCGUGGAGAUUAGGUGAUGGUCCAGCAGGGCCUCCAACUGUCGAUCGAGAUUCUGAUGGAAACUCUGUGCCGUUGACCAUUCCCGAGUCCAUCCAACCAGGGUGCGAGGGUUCGCUUAUCUUUCCGGCCAGCUACAGCUCCAUUCGCGCAUUCAAUCGAGUCCAUGGAAAUCACACGCAGUAUGACAAGGCCCAGGAAAUUUUCAAGGCCGUUCAGCGACUGAAGGAACAUGUUGGGGUCGGCUUAGAUCCUGGUGGAUGUGAGCUAGCCACACCUUCACGCAAGGAAAGGGUGAGCAAUGAUGAGGAGGUAUACGAGGUGCGGACUGGUUUUUAAAAGCGAUCUUUUAUGAUCCCCCGUGAUACCCUCUUUUUCAUCGAGGCGUUCUAGCAUAGGCGGCAUGGUAUUGCAUGGUAUGGGAUAUCUUCAAAAGGGGAGGAGUGUAUUUCCUUUUUUUUUUUUUUUUUGCCCUCUCUGUACAUUAACCAUAGGAGGGAGAACAGGAUUCCCAUUAAUCCAGCCACAAAGUUAUUUUACCAA